AUGAACUUCAGGUGCGUAAAGCUUACACAAUCUCCGACACUUGUACAUCCAGGUGUUUGUGACACAGCGGAUGAUGCCCUCCUAAGCAUUGGCACCAAAGCUCGACCUGUUUCCAAUGCAACAGAAGAGCAAACCUAUGAUAUUUCCUGCAUCAUCAAGGGGAAGAUGGCACAGGCACUUCGAUGCUUCAAGGAGUCAACAGACCAGCAUGUUCUGGUUCAAGUUUGGGCACCUGUGAAGAAUGGGGGUCGGCAAGUUCUGACAACUUCAGAGCAACCGUUUGUGUUAGAUCCGCAUAUUAUUUCGCUUCUUCAGUACCGAACAGUAUCUUUGGCGUAUCUGUUUUCAGUUGAUGGGCAUAGUGAUGGAGAUCUGGGGCUCCCAGGUCGUGUGUUCUCUAGGCAACUCCCAGAAUGGACACCUGAUGUUCAAUACUAUAGCAGUAAAGAGUACCCGCGUCUUACUCAUGCACUCAAUUAUAACGUCAAGGGAUCCUUGGCAUUGCCGGUUUUUGAACAUUCUUAUCAAAGGUGUGUCGGUGUUGUUGAGCUCAUCAUGACAUCGCAAAAGAUUAACUAUGCUGAUGAGGUUGAUAAAGUUUGCAAGGCACUUGAGGUAGGAAUCCCUGUGCACGGGCAUUCAUCUAGAUUCCUGGUAUUAUUUUUUGUAUUGAAAAUGUGAGAUAUGGUUUCUUGGUUGAUUUUACUGUGUUUUGAGUCCAGAAUUUUACGACUGUAGUCAUCCUGAUUGAGAUACGGCUCAACGAAAAUGAUGUAGAGGAGAACAUAACAUUUUUUUUGUAGAUUUGUGAUUUAUAUAUUAUUAUCUAAAAUAAUAAAGUGAAGUCUGAUAACCUUAGCUGUCUCCCUAAGCAUACAAUGACUUAUUUUCUCUUAGAUCUCAAUCCUUAAAAAGUUUUAUUAUCGUCUACCUCCUUUCUUCGUAAAAGGCGUCUGUCAUAUUUUUAUCAUACAGAGGUCUCCGUUGGGUAGAUAGAGUAUGGUAGAACCUCGAGUAUGAUGCCUUCUUUCAUGAAAAUGGAAAAUUUUGCUUUUUUCCGGGAAUAAAUGGUAAGAUCAAAUAUGGAGAGACGUUUGACUACCAUUUUUUCCUUUCCGAUAUGAACUAUAUCUUCACUUUGACUUGGUAAAUUUGAUUGCCUUCUCUAUUCAUGGAAAUCACCGCAUACACCUGUUUAAUAUCUUUCCUCCUGGCCAUCACCACUUUGCAGGCUGUAAAUCUGAAAAGUUCUGAAAUGUUAGGCCAUCCGAGCGUGCAGGUAAAUCUGACGGUCUUAUACCUUUUACAUUCAGCUAGUUAUUUGCUUUCUUCCUUGAAUACGAUAUCCAGUGAUCUACUGUUUCCAAAUCAGAUAUUUAACGAGGGCCAUCAAGCUGCUAUGUCUGAAAUACUGGAAGUCCUGACUAUUGUCUGUGAGAUGCAUAAAUUGCCUCUGGCUCAAACCUGGGUUCCAUGUAGGCAUGGGAGGUGUCUAACUCAUGAUGGAGACAAAAAUACAAUCGUCUUGGGCCAGGACGAGCCGUACCCAGAGCAGCUAUGCAUGUCAACGACAGAUGCUGCCUUUUACAUUGUAGAGCCUCACAUGUGGGGCUUUCGAGAUGCCUGUGCGGAGCAUCGCUUACAGAAAGGCCAGGGGCUCGCUGGAAUGGCAUAUUCACUACGCAGGCCUUGUUUUUCUAGCGAUAUUACCCGGUUUGGCAAAAAUUCAUAUCCCCUUGUUCACUAUGCCCGGAUGUUUGGAUUGGCCGGUUGUCUCGCACUAUGUCUCCAGAGUUGUCAUACCGGAAACGAUGAUUAUGUUCUGGAGUUUUUCUUGCCAAGAGAGUGCAGGAGCGGGAUGGAGCAGCUGACUCUUUUGGAAACCAUUUCGACUGCGAUCAGACAGCUGUUUCGCAGCUUGAAAGUUGUCUUCAAGACGGAAACAGGAGGAGAAAUAUUUGAUGAGAUUCUUCAUGUGGAUGGUGAUUCAGAGAAUGCAGCCGUCCACAAUCAAACUCCCAAGGCCUGUGAGGGUUCCUCGGUGGAGAUCAAGGCUCCACAGGCUCCUCCUUCUUCUGAAAACAACACAAAAAUUGCUCAAAAAUCCAACCACAAGAAAGGAAGGGCGCUCGCCAUGGAGCAAUCCCAAAAUCCUACUUUCACCGAGGCACAUGAGAGAAGACGAGGAAAAGCUGAGAAGACAAUCAGUCUGGAGAUUCUCAAACGUUAUUUCGCCGGGAGCUUAAAGGAUGCGGCCAAGAGCCUUGGAGGUAAUCUGGUUCUUGAUUGGCACUCAUUUCUUACCUAUAAACUGGAGUCUCAGGUUGCCUUUUAUCCCUUUUUAGUGGCAUAUGUGUAUAUAUAGAUAUGACUAAUUUAUUUGAUCGGUGUCAAAUUCGUAAUGCACAUUGAGUUGGUUGACAGUGGAUCAUAGUUUGACUAACAGUGCUCGGAUUCUUGGAUUGGCACGUCAAGAUUCGUGAUUGGGGGUGAAUGAGCUACGGUUUUUGGCAAGCCUUUAUAUGGCCUUGUGCUGAAAGAAGGAAUGAAUGGGCAGCUGACGGCAGCUGACCUAUGUGUGAACUGACCAAUCAAUGAGAAGAAAAACCAUAUUUUCCCAUAAAAGGGUUACGUAAUUGCAUGCUAAUUAUAGAACUACAGAUUAAUUCUGCCCUGAAAACAGUUCUUUCCGUUGAUUGCAGUUUGUCCAACGACCAUGAAACGAAUCUGCAGGCAGCAUGGGAUUUCCCGCUGGCCGUCUCGGAAGAUCAAGAAGGUCAACCGUUCCCUCUCCAAGCUGAAGACGGUGAUCGAGUCUGUUCAAGGCGCCGGAGGCGCAUUCGAUCUUCCAGAUGCUGCAGGAGUUUGGUCUCAACAAUUGUACAAACCCCAGCCGAAUAAGUCACCGGGGAAUGGGAAUCCCGACGACCUCGUCGGGAUCCACAGAGGGAAUGAGCCACUGGGCAUCGAGAACAACACCACUGCCGAGGCCUCCUCUCAGCAGGGUCAACCCGGUGAAGUCAACUCCCCUCCAGAUCUUAUCAAGGGUCAACCGGGAGAGGGCACUGAAGCUAGGCCACCCUCCCAAGGAUCAUGCCCAGGGAGCCCAGCCAACAAAAAAAGCGACAGAGAGGCUCCACCUUCACCUCCAAACGCAGGGCAUGGAGUAAAUCCCAUGCUGGUGGAGGACUCGGGGAGCUCCAAGGACCUGAAGAGCCUCUGCCUUUCCUUCGGCGGCGGCUGCCCGGAUGCCCUAAUCCUCUCUACAUCGACAGUGAAAGUCAAAGCCAGUUACAGAGGAGAUAUCAUAAGGUUCAGAGUAAAAUCCGGCGUUGGUGUUUUCCUUCUGAAGGAGCAGGUCGCGAAGAGGUUGAAGCUGGACUUGGGAGCCUUCGAUCUCAAGUACCUCGACGACGACGGUGAGUGGGUCUUGCUGGCCUGCGACGCUGACCUGGAGGAGUGCCUAGAAGUCAACGGUGGCCAGGUCGUCCGGCUCUCUGUGACCGACGUAGCUAGUAAUCCUGGAAGCUUUUCUGAGAGCUCCGGAGGUUGA